UUGUUACGGCUACCGUAUUAUAGCCUCCUUUCAGUUACGGGAACCGUAUUAAAGUCUCUCCGCAGAACGUCACGUGACAAAACCUGUGUGCCUCCUCGAGGAAAAAAGAUACUGGCAAAAACAAGAUGUCUGGGUCAAAGCUUUAUGUUGGGAGAUUGGCAAGUGACACUAGAGAAAAAGAUCUUGAGCGUUUUUUCAAGGGUUAUGGCAGACUAAAGGAUGUUGCAAUGAAGAAUGGAUACGGCUUUGUGGAAUUUGAUGAUCCCAGGGAUGCUGAUGAUGCUGUGUAUGAAUUAAAUGGGAAGGAACUACUAGGAGAAAGAUUGAUAAUUGAACAUGCACGUGCAUCCCGAGGACGUGGAGGUGGUGGUGGAUAUAGAGGUGGUGGUGGCGGGCGGUACGGGGGCGGUGGAGGAUAUGGAGGGGGUGGAUAUGGGGGCGGUGGAGGCAGAUACGGAGGUGGUGGUGGUGGAGGAAGAGACAGAUAUGGAGGUGGGCGUGAUAACUACCGCAGUGGAGGAGGUGGUGCUGGCGGAAGAUAUGGUCCACCACAAAGAACGGACUACAGAUUGAGAGUUGAAAAUUUGUCUUCAAGGGCUAGCUGGCAGGAUCUGAAGGAUCAUAUGAGAACUGCUGGUGUAGAAGUUUCUUUUGCUGAUGCUCACAAACAAAGAACGGGUGAAGGUGUUGUUGAUUGCACAACAGAGUCAGACAUGCUUCGUGCACUUGAUAAGCUUGAUGGUAUGGACAUCAAUGGGAAGAAAAUACGACUGAUAGAGGAGCGAAGAAGUAGUAGUAGUGGUGGUGGUGGUGGUGGUGGUGGUGGUAGAGGACGCAGAAGUCGUUCACGAAGCAGAUCCAGGUCAGACAGUCGUAGCCGAUCCAGAUCCAGUCGAAGUAGGUCAAGGUCGAGGUCAAGUUCUCCACCAAAGGAACGUUCACGUAGAAGGUCCGGUGAAGAGGCAGCAGCAGGGGAUGACUGAUGAUAAGACUGAUUGAUUGAAUGAAAAAUUGACCUGUUAGCACUGCAAAUAUUUUCUUCUGUAAUGUUGAGUAAAUAUGGAGGGUUAUUGAUGAUGGGCCGGCAGUUUUUUUUUAAAAAGAUUAUAAUGAUCAGAUGUUAUUAUUGACUUGGAUAUAGCAUUUUUGUUAGAGAUGUUGUGAAAAUUACUAUCCUGGGAUCAAUUUAGUAUGUAUUUUGUCUCUACUUUUUCAUAAUUUUGUUAUUUUAUUUGCAGUCUAAUACCUUCAUAUACUCCUAUUGUGCGUUAUUAUCAGUUUUUAUUCCAGUUUUAUUGCAGAGAGUUAGGACCAUUUUCAUUGAUUUGUUUUAGAAGACCUCAGAUUGGCAAGCUCUUGCUUUUUGGUACUGUACUGGUAUUUCACCAGAGGGGACUUUGGUUUGCCUGCACAGUCAGUCACACAAAGGAAGAACCUGCGAUAACUUUGACAGUACAAGAUAUUUUUCAUGAAUGUUUGUACAUUGCACAUGUAUAGCAAUGUAGAGAAUAUGCACUUCUUUUCAUUUUGCUGCUAUGGCAGAAAUAGGCUACUAUUGCAACAUAAGAAGAGGCAAAGUGGGAUCCUGUGAUAACUUCGAAAGUACAAGAGAUUUUUUAAUUGAAACUUAAUACAUGGACAGAUGGCAAUAUGCACAUCUUUUUGUUGUUGCUGUGGCAGCAAAUGUGGUUGCUAUGGCAAUAAAUAGUUGAAAAUGUGGUAAAAAAAGCUGAUUCAGAGAAAACUUUAAAGUACAAGAUUCUUUUAUGAAAUGUUUGGCUCGAUAGUCACUACAGACAUAAAAAUAUGUAUAAUGAAAAGAGAAAAAAAAAGAACAAAAUUUCUUACUCAAGUACCUUUAAAAAGUGAUUGCACGCUGACAUUAAUGACAUGGGAAACUGAUGUUAAACAAUACCAAGCCUUAGUAUGACAUAACAAAUUUUAAUCUGCAAGCCACUUUAGUUUUCAUGGUUGACUACUGAAAAUGUAACGAUAUUAUAAAUUCAUAUGAGUAGAUGUGUUGUUUUGAUGUCAAUUGGUGAUUGUCUUUGUUAGAUUGUUUUUUACUUUUUAUGAAAGAAAUUCUAUUUUUACAUGUGGCAAAAAUGCUGUCAGUGGUAAACUUUGAAGUUCAGUAUAUUUUAAACGAAACAACCUUUGAAAAUAAUAUUUAUCCAUGCUAGUUUACAUCAAAUAAUAGAAAUGAAACAACCAUCCCUAUGAAUAUUGCUUAUUUAGAAACAUCUUGUAAUUUAAAAAUGGUUCUUAAUUUUCUUGUCACUGGAAGGUUUUGGGUUAAUGGUUAAAUGAGCCGCGCCAUGAGAAAACCAACAUAGUGGGUUUGCGACCAGCAUGGAUCCAGACCAGCCUGCGCAUCCGCGCAGUCUGGUCAGGAUCCAUGCUGUUCAUUUUCAUAAUCUAUUGGAAUUGGAGAAACUGUUAGCGAACAGCAUGGAUCCUGGCCAGGCUGCGCGGAUGCGCAGGCUGGUCUGGAUCCAUGCUGGUCGCAAACCCACUAUGUUGGUUUUCUCAUGGCAUGGCUCAAAUAUAGAAUGAUUGAAACCUUCCAUUGAUACUUGUCCAAAGCCUAGUUAAACAUAUUUUUUACUGGUGGUGUUUAUAACAUUUUUGUUUGGAUUGAUUCGCUUGUGUACUAGCAUGUAUGAAAUUUUAUGAUUUUCAGUCAGAUUUACUUGUGAUCAGGAGGGAUCUAUUGCAUAUCUUUGUCAUAUCCAAUUUGAACAAAGUGGGAAAAGAAAGAUAAAUGUUAAAUCAUUGAAAUUUGUCAAAAAAUAGUUUUGUCAAAACUUCUUUUUAUUGAUUUCAUCAUCAUUCUGUAAUCAUGUGUCAUUUAUCUAAAUAAAUCAUUGGAAUCUUA